AUGUUAUGAAGAGGAUUGUUGAAUCUGGUGUCUUCUUGCUGUUCAUUCACAGACAAGUUGCUGAAGUCAGCAGUGAAAACGAAUCCGUGCGUGAGUGUUACCACACGUCACAUGAACCGUGAUGUGUAUGAAAAGGACAGAGGAUGCACAUCACGAGCAAGGAAGUUUCUCCCACGCACUCCGGCGAUGGCGGAAGGGUCCUGAGCCUGAACAGACACCGGACUGCUUUUCUUCUCGACCUGUACCGGGGACGAGACGCCGGUUUUCCACAGGGCGCGCGUGCAGCGAUUCUGAAUGCGCGCGCGAUGAUUGAGGUGUCGAUCCCCUCUAUGCACCGGGAAGUGGACGAGGCAGGGAAGUCCCGGAAACUCUUCAGGUUGGAGAUUUUGUUCAACGGGAGGAAGCACUUUGUUCUGCGGCGGCAGAGUGAUUUCCACACGUUGCACCGGAAGCUCAAGAAGAUCCUACAGCCGCCUCCUGAAUUCCCCAGCAAGAGGACCCAGCUGCGUGCUAAACCGCAGGAGCAGAGACGGCAGGAGCUGGAGGACUACAUACAGGUGAUCCUGUAUGAGAACGAAGUGGUCCCUCAGGAGCUGCUGGAUUUCCUGCAGGUGAAACACUUCCACACGGCAAACAAGAUCUGCGGUUUUCGUGAUGAACAGCAGAAGGACACACAAGAACAGGGGAAAAGCUGUGAGCUGCUGCAUCAGAGAGUGGUGGGUUUCUCACGUGACCCCUAUCUCUUUGCUUCAAAGUCAGAUCUACCAGAUGUGGUUGUAGCUGGUGUCCUGCAAGGCUUCUUCCCCAAAGAGAAUAAGAUGGGCUUUAGGACAUGCUCCAAGCCCAGCAUUAAGCAUGUUCCCAGACUUCCUUCUAUCCCCUCCAUCGUCAUAGACAGAGGCAGCCUGAGCUCAUUGCCAGAAGCACAGACAACCUGAGACACAGUAGGGGUACUCUUUUCCAACACUGACCAGGUUUCCUGCUUUUGGGACCUUGCCUCAGAAGGGCUGGUGGAAAUGGCGCUUUUAUCAUUCAGAUAAAACACCCUCAGCAUUGAUACGACUUUCGUUAGCCUCAUCUCUGUAAAGCAGGAAGAGGAAAGCCAAUACUGUUGACAUAUUCUGCGAGGUUUGGAACUUGGAGUGUUUUGAGGUUUGGUAUCUCUCGCUCAUACACUUUCAGUAGCCUGGGAGCACUGGGUGCAAGGCUGGAAUACACCCCCGGAUGAGGUUGUACAAACAUUCACACUUUUACUUUAGCCAGUCCAACUACCUGCAUGUUUUUGUAAGGCUAAAAGAAACUGGAGAACCCAGAGGAAACCGACACAGACGCUGGGAGAACAUGGACAUGAACCCAACUGUACCACCGUGACGCCAUGCAUCGAAAAACCUACUACACUGGAUUUGAUUUAUGAUUAACUUAACAUUCAUGAUGUAACUCAUGUAAAUUUAUCUUCAUGUUCUUUAAAGUUUGACAAAGUGAAAUGUGAAACCUGAGCUUGGCUCACAACAGUAAAUAUAUAAUUUAUAUCACAGACACACUGUUCAUGUGAAUUUGACCAGAGUUGAUUAUUCUGGGUAUUUGAAGUACAUUUUACAAAUGGUAUUGCUAGAAAUAAAAAUAAAAAAAAGAUGGCCUGGAUUAAUAGAAUUAAGUAGUGAACAGAACAGGAGGGUAAGAGAACGUCUCUGUUGUAUCUACGGCACAGACUUGGAGAAGUUACAAGACUAACAGCCGAGUCUAUGAAUGUUGAUUUAUUUGAGAUUAUUUUGAGAUUUCACUCCUAGUCUGGGUGUGCUAAUUUUAAUAAGUCAGUACUCUGCUAAUCCAUAAAAUCCACUGGCUACACUUAUAAUUAAACCCAUGUGGGUGGGUGUG